GUUCCAUUGAGACUAAAGCCAUAUUUAAAACAAAUUCAAAGUGUAAAUCCCCAGUGUUAAGUGUUUAACUAGAUUGCGUAAGUUUAGAUCAAUUUUUAAUGUCAUAGUGACAACAAUCGUUAGGUCAAACCAGUCAAAUCAUGGCAACUUCAAGUGAUCAAAAGUCAGAUUCUGAAGAAUCGAAAUCUUUUAAUCCCCAAGAAUUUUUCAAACUCAUGCAAUUACACAAUGAAAAAAUCAUAAGCACAAUUUCACAACCUGAAAUCACAGUAGUUCCAACACCUGAAAGACGUUUGAAAAACUACUCUGGUGAAUCUACACCACUCGAAGAGUGGAUUGAUCAAGCCAAAUCAGCUAUUCAAAGAGAUUCUGAUAAAGAAGCAGUUCAAUUUCUCAUUAGUCACCUUACUGGAGACGCUAAAGUUGAAAUAAAACUUAGAAAUCCAAAAACUCCCAAGGAAAUUUUUAAUGC